AUGAGCAGCGACAGUGACUCGGAUUACGAAAUUGCCCCUUUCCACCAUUUGGGCACCCCCGCACACGGCUCCGGCAGCAGCGCAUCCGCGGCUCACGUGGCAGGGGGAUCUCAUAGGACAGCUCGACAAAGCUACCUCACACUCAGGGCCUUGAGAGCUCGUAGGAGGGCUCAGAGACGUCAGUUCGUGGUGAUUGCGGUGCUGGUGCUUGCGGCUGUGUCUGCACUGUACGGUCGUGCCCCCUCAGGAGGCAGCGGCGUCGGGGGGAGUGCGGUUCAGGAUGCUACAGCUGACGUGUUGCAUGCGUUGAGAGGCGGACAGCUGAAAGAAGCGCUUUUGGCCUUCUUCGAGGCGUUGAGAGCCUUUGGGAACUCCUCCACGGCUAAGAAGCUGAUCCUGCCCAUCUUUCUCGCCGUCAUGCUUCGUGUAGCUCGCAAGAAAGUGACCGAAAGCAUCAACGGCAGACGCGAUGAGAACCGUGCAGAACCUGCAGCAGCAAAAGCUCAUGAAGAAAAUCCGGAAGGAGGAUCAACCAGCGGAGAAAGGCCAUCGGCACCGGCCUAUGAAUGGUUCAGACGCAUGCAGCACACUUUCUCGGCAGCCGUGUGCGCUCUCCUUUCUGCAGUGGGAGAUCCUGCAGCUGGACUCUGCCGCGCGCAGUGCAGACGCUGGGCACAUUCGUCUGCUGCCAGCGCGGCAAGUGGAGGCAGAGACGCUGGCGAAGCAGGCGGGAAGGAGGGCCUGGCGUGUGCAUUCGGAUUCAUCGGCUGCACGCUUGUCUGCGCCCUGGCUUUCGUGCUGCUAAUGGUCUUCCUCGCCUGGCUGGCUCAACCGUCUGCGAGCCAAAGUGUGCCUACAGCUGGAACGGGGGAGGCAACAACGGAGAGAUUUGCAAACCCCUUCCUGGCUACCGUUUUAGAAAGCAGUGGGCUCUCCAACCCGUGGCCUUCCUUCGUUGGAUCGGCCGAGUUUCACGCAGCUGACGGUCCAGCAGCGGCGGAUAUGUCUUUUCCAGGCAGCCGUUUGCUUAGAGGAGAGCUGCAUUCGUGGUAUCUUCUGGUGCUUCUCGCUUUAGGCAUAGGGUGUGUUGCGGCAUUUGCGGAGAUGCUCCCCAUCAAUGGACUAGACGACAAUCUGACGUUCCCCAUCAUCACCCUAGUUUGCCUCUCCGGCGUCUUGGGGGUGUAUGUACACCUCAGCGGGCUGGCAGGCAAACAGGUGACGGGUCAAGCCUUGAGCUCCAUGGACAGUUUGAUGUUGGCUAGCCAUCCAGGCAGCUGGCAUCCGAGCCAUUUCUCGCUAUUAGAUACAGGGAAGCAGAAAAAAGCUGUGUGGGAACAUCGUUGA